GCACAAAUUAGGGUUACCAGUCUUAUUUUGUUAAGGCACUAAGCAAAAUUAACUACCAACUACUGUUAGCAUUUCAUACAGGAAAGAUGAUUUUAAAACGGUUCCAGAUGUUGGAAGAACAUUAUUUCCUAAUAAUGCUUUAAAUUAAAUAUAUUUGGCUGAAAAAACAACAACUAGGUACCCUUAUUUUGUUCAUUUCACUUCAGAAUUGUGAAAACUUCAUUAAGGAACCACUGGGCAACUGACCUAAUAUUCAGUGACUGGUCUUUCUGCUACCUGCUAUGGCCCUGCCCCUCUGCCUUUAACUGAUUUGUUAUUGAUCCCUGAACCCUGAGCAUAUCUUCCUUAUUAAAAUACUGGGUAGCAGGUAGUAAAAUCCUGAUAGAAGCUUUCUCUCAUAAUGAGAAGAUUUAAAGAAUUUGUAAAGAGAAAGCUUUGGAGAGAAGCAUAGCAGCCAUUUGAAAUGUUUGAGUGUUUUAGGGGAUCUAUAAAUUGGUCAGUGGAGAGGGCAUUUUCCCCACAAACUCAGAGAUGGGAUAUGCCAUGCUUCUUGCUUUUCCAUGUCUACCCUCUCACUGUGUGUGUCAUGCUUUGCUAUCAAUUGUAAUAUUAAAAUUUGGGCAUAGCUGAAAAUGUCAAUAAGAUUGCAUUUAGUACCCAAGACUCUAAUUUUAAGCUGUAGCUAUGUGAAGUACGUAUUCCUACUUUGCUUUUUAAAAUCCGUUUCAACAACUUUCCUCCAGAAGAGCUAUCUACCCCAGACUCUAUGUCAGAUGAACUGGCUGAUCACAGUAUGCUUGAAAGGAAAUUUGCAUAAUUAUUUUUGUGACCUCUAACUAAAACAUUUGUCUGCAGUUUGCUAUCCUCUCUGGAAAAUUGUUCUGUGCUUAGUUACAGAGAACUCCUUAUGUGGAAACAAAGCAAAACCUUGCCUCCACUAAAAAGAGACUGUGACUCAAUGGUGCUAACCCCAGAUUGGGCAAUGGAGGAAGUGGACAGCAAGUAAUAUCUCACCAGAAAAGUGACACUGUAAGCCAUGAGAUGUCUGGUCUGAAUUGGAAACCCUUUGUAUAUGGCGGCCUUGCCUCUAUCGUUGCUGAAUUUGGAACUUUCCCUGUGGACCUAACCAAAACGCGACUGCAGGUUCAAGGCCAAAGCAUUGAUGCCCGCUUCAAAGAGAUAAAAUACCGAGGAAUGUUUCAUGCCUUGUUCCGAAUCUAUAAAGAAGAAGGUGUAUUGGCUCUGUAUUCAGGAAUUGCUCCUGCUUUACUAAGGCAGGCAUCAUAUGGCACCAUUAAAAUUGGCAUUUACCAGAGCUUGAAGAGAUUCUUUGUAGAACGUUUAGAAGAUGAAACUCUUCUAAUUAAUAUGAUCUGUGGGGUAGUGUCAGGAGUGAUAUCUUCCACUAUAGCCAAUCCCACCGAUGUACUAAAGAUUCGAAUGCAGGCUCAGGGAAGCUUGUUUCAAGGCAGCAUGAUUGGCAGCUUCAUUGAUAUAUACCAACAAGAAGGUACCAAGGGUCUGUGGAGGGGUGUCGUUCCAACUGCUCAGCGGGCUGCUAUUGUUGUGGGAGUUGAGCUGCCAGUCUAUGAUAUUACGAAGAAGCACUUGAUACUGUCAGGGAUGGUGGGAGACACAAUUUUAACCCACUUUGUGUCCAGCUUUACAUGUGGCUUGGCUGGAGCUCUAGCUUCUAAUCCAGUUGAUGUGGUUCGAACUCGCAUGAUGAACCAGAGGGCAAUCGUGGGACAUGUGGACCUCUACAAGGGUACUUUGGAUGGUAUUUUAAAGAUGUGGAAACAUGAGGGCUUUUUUGCACUCUAUAAAGGAUUUUGGCCAAACUGGCUUCGACUUGGACCCUGGAACAUCAUUUUUUUUAUCACAUAUGAGCAGCUUAAGAGGCUUCAGAUCUAAGGACUGAAUUACAUGUGAGCCAAGCCCUGCCAACCUUUCUACUCUUCUCUCCUUUUCCUUGUUUAAAUGUAUUUUGACAAAGUUGUAAGUGUUUACUGAACCAUUGGUCUCCCAAGGGCCUCCUGAUGGAAGAACAGAAGGAUGGUUCGAAAUUGUUCAUUUGUUUGUGUUACCAUGUUAACUUCCCGGACAGGAAGUGUUAACAUUGCGAUUCUGGCACCAGAUUGGUAUCUUCUGUGAAGAUGGAUACUGAUGGGUGACAUUCAAAAUGGCCUUCUUUUCAAAUGUGGGUUAAAUGUAGUUGGUUAGCCCCAGACUUGGGGUAGAGCAGAAGGCACAGGCCAGGGCAGUUUCUGCUAAGUAUGUUACAGACCUCGGUUCUCAUUAAAGUAUUUAUUGGAAGAAUCA